AUGGCAGCUUUUGAGCGAUUAUCACAGAUCUCGGGCCAACUGACGGGCUCCAAGUCGGCACGGGAGAAGCUGCUGGUCAAGAGCCCCGACGACAUCGUCGUAACAGCAUGUCUGCGCACAGCAUUCACCAAGGGCGGCAAGGGCGGCUUCAAGGACACGGCGGCGGCGGACCUGAUGGCCGGCGCACUGAGGGGCGUCAUCGAGCGGUCCGGGAUCGACCCGGCCCUAGUAGAAGAUGUUUGCGUGGGUGAGGUCCUCGCGCCCGGCGGUGGCGCGACCGAGAUGCGCGCCGCGGCCCUCGUGGCCGGCCUGCCCGAGUCGACGGCCGUGCGCACGCUGAACCGCCAGUGCUCGUCGGGCCUGCAGGCAUGCGUCGACGUCGCGAACCAGAUCAAAACCGGCAUGAUCGAGGUCGGCAUCGGCGCGGGCGUCGAGAGCAUGAGUCUGCAGUACGGUCCCAACGCCGUAACCGAGUUCUCAGAGCUCCUCGAGUCGCACCCCGAAGCCGCCAACUGCAAGGUACCCAUGGGCGUGCUCUCAGAAGAAAUGGCCAAGUCGCGCAGCAUCGCGCGCGCCGGCCAGGACGCCUUCGCCGCAAGCUCGUACCAGAAGGCCCUCCACGCCCAAGAAACCGGGCUCUUCGACGAGGAGAUCAUGCCGCUGACCGUGAAAUUCGAGGACCCGAAAUCCGGCGAGACGCGCGACAUCACCGUCAGCAAGGACGACGGCGUGCGCCCGGGCAUCACAGCCGAAUCGCUCGGCAAGAUCAAGGCCGCCUUCGCGGAGGGCGGCUCCAUCCACGCCGGCAACGCCAGCCAGAUCAGCGACGGCGCGGCCGCCGUGCUGCUCAUGAAGCGGUCCACGGCCGAAAAGCUCUCCCAACCCAUCUUAGGAAAAUACGUCACGGCCUCCGUCGCGGGCGUGAAACCCCUACUCAUGGGCAUCGGCCCUUGGAAGGCGAUCCCGAAGGUCUUCGAGCAGACGGGCCUCACCAAGGACGACGUCGACAUCUUCGAGAUCAACGAGGCGUUCGCGAGCCAGUGCCUGUGGUGCGCGAACGAGCUCGGCAUCCCCCUUGAAAAAAUCAACCCAAAGGGCGGCGCCAUCGCGUUCGGUCACCCGCUGGGGUGCACGGGCGCGCGGCAGGUCAGCACGCUGCUGUAUGAGCUGAGGCGGCGCGGGGAGAAGAUCGGGGUUACUAGUAUGUGUGUUGGGACGGGCAUGGGCAUGGCUGCUGUGUGGGUUGCUGAGUAA